UCUAAACCACCCUUGCAACGACGCCGUUUCACAAGACAUCUAAAACCCUAAAGCAGAGCACUUUCUCCGGCGAAAGAAAUGGCGGCGAGUCUAGGGUUACGCCUCAAGGCGGCUACAUCGACGUUGAGGAGCGGAGCAGCUGCUACUCUUCGUCCAAGGACUUGGUCGUGGGAAACGGCGAAGAGAUGUCGCGGAUUCUGCUCAGAAGCAGAGAACGACGUACCAACAUCAGGAAUCGGGAGACCUCUCGCCAAGAUCCUCAAGGAGCUCAACAAAAAGGUUCCAGAUUCCGCCAUCAAGACCCGCGUCGAAGAUGGCUUCUCCAUGAAAUACAUUCCUUGGCAUACUGUGAAUCGGAUUAUGAACCUGCAUGCUCCUGAAUGGUCAGGUGAAGUUCGGAGUGUUACUUACUCUCCCGAUGGUAACACCGUCACUGUUGCUUAUCGUGUCACUCUCUACGGCACUGAUGCUGAGAUUUACAGGGAAUCAACAGGCACCACUUCUGUAAAUGACAAAGGCUAUGGUGAUCCUGUGCAAAAGGCUGAAGCAAUGGCGUUUCGCCGUGCCUGUGCCAGACUUGGAUUGGGGCUUCAUCUCUAUCACGAGGAUGCUUUGUGAAAUCAUGCUUUUUUUUAACCAUGUGAACAAACUAUAUUUUGGGUGUUCCCACUGCCUUGGUAGCAAUAGUCGUUGAAGGUAAAACUUAUGGGAAGGCAAGUUUUGUAUCUACUGAUGCCCUUUGGAUUUGAAAUCGGUUUAUGCGAUGAGCCUCGAAAGACUUAUAUGUAAA